AUGGGGGAUGAUGAUUGGGAUAUAGGUGCGGUCGUAAGAAGUUGUAAUAUUAAUAGACCUAACAAUGUUGUAGCUCCUAAGUUAGACUUGGAGACUUCUCUAAAUGAUGUUUGGAAUUCUUUUGACAAACUUUUGGCUCAUGACAUGACUAAUUUUAAUGGCUUAUCUGAAAUUUUCUCUUUAGAUUUUCCAACUGCUCACCAGGAAAAACCAGAUGAUCAGGUCAUGAUGAUGAACCAAAAUGGUAACCAGCAGUUGUACUUACAUCCCAUUCAACCUGCUCAAUUUAUCCAACAAAGCUCUUUUCCUCCAUCACCAACAACAGUAGUGUGUGUGCCACCAACAACUACAACACCAAAAGAAUGGGUUGAUCUACAACAACUCGAUAUAGGGGCUAACAUUUAUCCUAAUUUCACUUUUUCCAUGAAGACUCCUUUGAUCCAAACUACAACAAGGAAAAAUCAGUCGAUAAGGAUUACCUAUGAAUUAUUGCAAGAGGAACUCACAAAUGAUAUAUGGAUAUGGCGCAAGUACGGUCAAAAGCAUAUCAAAGAUUCACCAUUUCCGAGGAAUUACUAUAAGUGUAGCACAUCAAAACUCUGCAAAGCAAAGAAAAAAAUUGAGAAAAGCCCAAAGGAUGAGAACAUUUUCUUGGUGUCCUAUUCCGGUGAACACAACCAUGAUCCACCCACGAACCGUAGUAAUCUUGAUAGUUGCAACAGUAGUUUCAAAUUUAAGCUUCCAAAAGGCAUAAAUAUUGUGCCCAAAACAUCAACCUUGAAUGCAUUAUCCUCCUCAUCCAAGCGUGUUAGGCGUUCAAGAGUUGUUGCUUCUCCAAUUAUCGCAACUAUGCCUCCACUUGAAAUCGGGAACAAAAAUAAAAUGAUUGUUGCGGCCGUGGAGGACAAAGGUGAUAGUAAAGAAGAGGUAGACAUGAAUGAAGAUAUUCUCAUGGGCUUUUUUUAA